UCUAAUCUAAUCUCGAAAUACGAUACGAUACAAAACAGCACACAGAAAUAGAAUCUUUGUCGAGAUUUCAUACAACAGAUAGGAAUAAAAGAUCGGAUUGAUGUCUGUUGCUUUUAUUUAUGUCAAGUCUCGAUCAGAAUGAUGCUAUUUGUACGCAUAAUUUUAUGCAUUGUAUUAAUUUUUUGCGUGUCAGUAAGGGCGCAUUAUAUCGUAAUAGUGAGAACAGAAGAGGAAAAUUUUGUGUCAACUUUAACAAAAGCGCCCAAAUAUGUUCCAACUUGGCCCAGUCUAGACAGUCGACCGUUACCAGUUUGGUAUGAUGUUGCAAAAUUUGGAAUCUUUAUUCACUGGGGUGUAUUCAGUGUGCCUAGUUUUGGCUCUGAAUGGUUUUGGAACAAUUGGAAAGAGGAAACUGAAACUACGAAAUAUUCCGACUUUAUGAAACAAAGAUAUCCUCCGAACUUUACCUAUCAAGACUUUGCACGUGAUUUUACUGCCGAGUUCUUCAAUGCUUCUGAAUGGGCCGAGUUAUUCAAGGCAUCAGGUGCAAAGUAUGUUGUAUUGACAAGCAAACAUCAUGAAGGAUAUACAUUAUGGCCAUCGAAGUAUUCAUUCAGCUGGAAUUCUAUGGAUGUUGGAUCUCAGAAGGAUCUUGUUGGUGAAUUAGCAAAAGCUAUUCGUAGUAAGACAGAUAUAAAAUUUGGCUUAUACCAUUCUAUGUAUGAAUGGUAUAAUCCCCUUUAUAUAACAGACAAACAAAACAAUUUUACAACAGAUAGAUUCGUAACUCAUAAAAUAAUACCAGAAUUGUAUGAGUUGGUAGAAACAUACAAGCCAGAAAUAAUUUGGUCAGAUGGAGAUUGGGAAGCAUCGGAUUCUUAUUGGAAAUCGAAGGAAUUUCUAGCAUGGUUAUACAAUAAAAGCCCUGUAAAAGAUACGGUUGUGGUGAAUGAUAGAUGGGGCAGUAAUAUACCAUGCCAUCAUGGUGAUUUCUUUACAUGUACAGAUCGUUUUAAUCCUGGCGUACUUCUCCCACAUAAGUGGGAAAAUUGUAUGACUAUUGAUAAAAAAUCCUGGGGAUAUCGCAGAAACGCUGUUUUAUCCGAAUAUUAUACAUUGGUGGGAUUAGUGAAGGAAUUAGUAAUUACUGUAAGCUGCGGUGGAAAUUUAUUGAUGAACGUUGGGCCAACAAAAGAUGGUAUCAUUACACCAAUAUUUGAAGAAAGAUUACGCGGAAUGGGUGCCUGGCUAGCAGUUAACGGCGAAGCUAUUUAUGAUACUAAACCUUGGACAGUACAAAAUGAUACCUUAACAGGAAGUGUCUGGUACACAUUAAGCAAAAAUGAAAAACAGUUAUAUGCUUCAAUUUUAGAAUGGCCAGAUGAUAAUAUCUUAUUGUUAGGCUCGCUCAAACUUUCGAAGAGUUCUCAGAUACAUCUACUUGGUUAUUCAUCGAUAAUUCCCUGGAAACAAUCCGAUAAUAAGCUAAUAAUACGUUUACCAGCUAACGCACAUAGAGGUGAGCCAGCUUGGGUAUUAAGGAUUGGAACUCUUUAAAAUGUACAUAUUGUUUACUAAGAAUAUAUUUUAUAUUGUACAUUAA